GAUACUUUCUUUUCUGGGAGUGAACCAUGAGCUUCUCUCUCACUUUUGACGUAGUGCUAAACUCGUAACACUUUUUGGACGUCUCCACCUGCGCGCUUAAGCAUCGACUUUUUUGUGGGGGGAAGUUCCUUAGUUUGUUUAGUAGUUAUAUUUAUAUAUAUAUAUAUAUAUAAAUAUAUAUAAAAAAUAUAAAACAGUUUGGGGAAAUGAGCCAGAGUAGCAGACAGUCAUCUGGAGGCACAUUCUGGCCAGCGGGGGACAAAUUAACAACACGCGACAAUGUGCGCCAAAACAGCAUAUCGACAAAAACGGAGGAAAGUUGCUUUUUGGGUAAAACGACAAGAGGAGGCGAAUUUAAAGCGAACAAUGUGGAUGUUUACGCACCGUGUGACACGGAGAAGUUUUGCUGUCAUCGAGUCCCUCGCUGCGUCCCAGUGUCCGAGGCAGCCCGGGAACUCUGCAAGGCGGUGUCCGUGUCUCUGGGGCUGCACGCCGACUCCAAUGGCGACGCUGAGCCCGCGCUCACCAGGGACGUCCCGCACGACCCAAUGUCCGUCGAGUGUUUAGCCACGCCGGGCACAGCCAGGUACAACAGGUGCCCCUCUGGUGGGGAAGAGAUGAAGCCAUUACGUCGGACCUCUUCGGACUUAUUAAGUGAGGCGUCUGACAUAACCCCGAGUCCCUACGCGUCGUCCACACCGCUUCUUAUGGAGCACCUCCACCGCGUCGUGGAGAGGCCAGGUCGGACCUACAAACCCCGGGAAGUCUCGACGGACUUCGGGGAGGACGCGUACCAAGUAGAGCCAUAUGUCAGCAUCAAGUCCGAGAUGAAUGGCGACGCCGAAGAGGGAAAGUGGGUCACUAUCGGCUGCACCCCUAACGAGAGGUUCAACUGGGGGUCGAGGCAGUGCGUUGCUACGCCGCAGACGAGUGGAGCGAACACGGCCUUGAUUAAUGAUCCCUACCAGAGGAGCAGCGGGCAGUGGUACACCGGUGGAGGGGUGCUGGUGCCGCCUCACUCCAACCCCGACUUCAUCAAGAAGGAGGUGGGAGAGUGGCUGGAUGUCGCCUACAAAGACUCCUCCAGGUUUGAGACUGGCAGAGAGCACAUGUUCCCCAUGGAGUUCUUCUUCCCACCACAGAGGACAUGCCUCAUCUGUUCGGACGAGGCAUCCGGCUGCCAUUACGGUGCGCUCACCUGCGGCAGCUGCAAGGUUUUCUUCAAGAGGGCAGCAGAAGGCAAGCAAAAAUACUUGUGUGCCAGCAAGAACGACUGUACCAUUGACAAACUAAGAAGAAAAAACUGUCCAUCUUGUCGGCUGAAGAAGUGUUUUGAAGCUGGGAUGACUCUAGGAGCACGUAAACUAAAGAAGAUUGGACAACCAAAAAACCCCAAAGAGGAUAAUCCUGUACAUGAUUCCACGGAGGUUAUCCAUCAUGUCUCCCCUAAAUCGAGUGUGAACAUCAACUCCCAGACGGUCUUCCUUGAUAUUCUGCAGUCCAUUGAGCCUGAGGUGGUGAACGCAGGCCACGAUUACGCCCAGCCAGACUCAGCGGACAAUCUGCUCACCAGCCUCAACGAGCUUGGAGAGAGACAACUGGUCAACAUGGUCAAGUGGGCUAAAGGACUACCAGGUUUUAGGAGUCUCCAUGUGGACGACCAAAUGACUGUCAUCCAACAUUCGUGGAUGGGCGUAAUGGUGUUCGCCAUGGGUUGGCGAUCACAUAAGACCGUCAACAGCAGGAUGCUGUACUUUGCACCCGAUCUCGUCUUCAAUGAGCAUCGGAUGCAGAUCUCCACCAUGUACGAGCACUGUAUCCGCAUGAAGCGUCUGUCACAGGAGUUUGCAAUGUUGCAGAUAACGCAGGAGGAGUUUCUCUGCAUGAAGGCCCUGCUCCUCUUCAGCAUUCUACCAGUGGAGGGUCUGAAAAGCCAGAAGAACUUUGAUGACCUGCGCCACACCUACAUCAGCGAACUCAACCGCCUAGUGAAUUAUCGCAUUACAUCCAAUUGUUCUCAGAGGUUCUACCAAAUCACCCGACUGCUGGACUCCCUUCAGAUGACUGUAAAGAAGCUGCACCAGUUUACAUUUGACCUGUUUCUCCACGCUCAGUCAUGCCACUGCAAGGUCACCUUCCCAGAGAUGAUGGGAGAGAUUAUCUCAGUGCAUGUACCAAAGAUGCUGGCAGACGGCCAAAAAUGCAAGUCAGAUGCCACCAGCUGGCUCCUAUCAAUGUAAAGGAGCAGCAACUCCACUCUGAGCUCCUCUCGGAAGACCGAGCGCCUCCCUGUAUUUAUCACCCUUUAUGGGUGAGUCCAACCACCCUGCGGAGGGAACUAAUUUUGGCCUCUUGUAUCCAUCAUCUUGCUCUUGCAGUCACCAGCCAACACUUGUGACCAAAGGUGAGGGUAGGAACAUCACUUUAAUUGAAAAAUGUACCUUGUGGCUCAGCUCUCAACCACAAUGGUUUAGUAGAGCGACCGUGUUAUACUGCAGACGCUUGCCAAUCUACCAGUUGAUCUCAAGCUCAGCUUCCACUCACUCAUGACAAGAUCCCAAAUAUACUUGAACUUCUCCAUUUGAGGAAAGACCUGACACUCAAUCCAUCCUUUUUCCUACAAGAACCUUGUCCUCUCAUUUGUAGAAGUCUUUUCCCAUAUGCUUAAUACUGAGCUCUGAACCCCUUCAGUAAAUGCUAAAGGUCAUAGACUAAUGGGGCCAUCGAGACCACAUCAUCCACAAAUAGCCGCGACCAGACCCUAAGGCCCUUAAUUCAGACACUCUCAACCGGCUGUACGGAGACCAAAUACUACGUACACAAAUCCUGUAUUUCCGUUGUGCCCCCGGUGUGCCAAUCCAGUACUACUGUUCCCAGCUUCCGUGUAAUGUUGAAGGGAUGUGUCAACAAAGCCAGUUCCACAACAUCUAAAGCAUUAGGAAUUCAGGGUGACUCUCAUCCAACCGUGGGGGUUUUGUUACUGAGGUUUUUUCUUACUACCUCAAAUACCUCAGGCCCGGCGAUGGGUAUGUCCACGUUUGUGUCCUCAGCUUCUGAAGGAUUCCUUGCUCUGCUCAGUUACAUCCCCGGUUGAGGUUAGAAGACCUCUGUUCCCAAUGUUAGUGUGGACCAGACACUCUUUCCCCUUUCUAAGUCGUCGAACAGUGGAUUAUUGACUCUUGCUUUUGUACAUCUGUGAUAAUGAAAAUGCUGUUACAUUUGAAUUCCAAAUGACUGUUUUUGAUACACAGUAGCAUUUGUAAAGGCAACUCUUACAUUGAAUGUCAUUCUGCAUUAAGUAUCAAGCUCCAUUCCAAUUUGAGUUGACAUAAAAAGACAGAAGAAUAAGUUGUACCCACUACUUUCUGGAAGGCACCAAACUUAUUUGAGAGAAUGUGAUUCUCAGUGCCAUAUAUCUUAUUAGACGAGGGUAGAAACGUUCCAACAGGACAACAAAUAGAUACGACAGCCAAAUCAGAACUGGAAGCAUGUUCGAUGGCAGGAUGAUGAAUGAGAAGAGGCCUGAGUUGGUUGGUGGUGCCAAGGAAAACUGUGCUGUGCCUUCAAGAUAACAAAUUAGAAAGGUGGAAUUUAGCCAACAGUGGAACCUCCGAAUUUGAAAACCCUUUUAAGUUGUACAGUUUGAAUUAAAACUAAAAUGCUUUGAAAAAGGAAACAUUAAAGUAAAAACAAACACAAUGAACAACGGACACAAUAUAAUUGCAUGACAUCUUCAUUGAAGACUCAAAAGAUUUACCCCCACACUAGUGUAGUUCGCAUUUAAUAUGUUUUUUGUAAUGUCACCACAGCAGAAUACAAGUGAUGGCAAAGAGGAAAAUGUGAUGUAAUCAUAGAACAGGAAAAGGAAAAGUUGUACACACGCCUGUCAUUCUGGACACUACAAUAUGACUGAUAAAAUACAGGUGGUCCUCGGGUUACGAACAAGUUCCGUUCUUAGUCAAGUUUUAGUGAAAGUAAGAACGUAUAUUUAGAAGGACUUAUAAAAUACCGUAAUAAACAGAUGAAAAACAAGAAUUACAUGAAACGGUAAUAGAAUUUAAUUUCUUUUACAUAUACUGUAAGGUAAAUAUAUACACUUCCUGUGGUUGUCUUUCACAUUGAAAAGGGUGUUGCAAGGGAGGCAGAGACAAGAAGUGUCAAGAUAAAGAGACCACUGUUCUGCCUAGUUCAGAGUAGAAGACCUUUCACAUGUUCAAAGAUACCAUCUUCAUCCUUGAUGAUUGUUUCGGCAUUUGUUGGGUUUGCAUCCUGCAUGCAACCAAUGUUAGCAUUUUACGAUGUCUGAUUUUAUUUCACUUAUCACUUCCUAUCACGCGCUGCCACCAGAAGAGUCUGCCUCCUAUUUGGGAGUCAUGAUGAAGGUUUAAGUUAAAAAGAUCACUAAUUCUGUGGAGUCUAGCUUGCCAUGCAUCAAAGACCAAACCUCUGUUAAUAGACAGCGACACGUGGGGACGCAUGCGCAACCAAUGCUCGGUUUGUCUCCUUGUCUCACUAGCAGGACUAACGGCUAGCCAUCUUGCUAAACAGUCUGAAGACACUUUUAUGUCGAGUGCCAAGACUUUUUGCCGGCCCGAAGAGAGGGGGCAUACUUGCCAACCCUCCCGUUUUUAGCGGGAGACUCCCGGUAUUCAGCGCCUCUCCCGAUAACCUCCCAGCAGAAAUUUUCUCCCGACAAACUCCCGGUAUUCAGCCGGAGCUGGAGGCCACGCCCCCUGCAGCUCAAUGCGGACCUGAGUGGGGACAGCCUGUUCUCACGUCCGCUUUCCCACAAUAUAAACAGCUUGCCUGCCCAAUGACGUCAUAACAUCUACGGCUUUUAGAGAGUAGAGUGCACAACUGCGCACACAACAAGGAGAUGAAGCAGAAGAACGAGGAAGUUACAGACAUGGCGACGCCGUCUACGAGCAAGAUGAAGAAAUACGCUUGCAAGUUCCAAAACGAAUGGAAACAAGAAUUUCAGCAGCUCCACUUUGAACAAAAAAACCAUCAAAAGUGUAAGGAAUUACAUAAACUGUAAAUAAAUUGCAGAACUGCCAAAAGAUAAAGGAAAUCAAAAUAUACCAUUUAUUAUCAGAUUUUUCGUUAACGGACAAUAACACAGUCAAACAGGCUGGUAUUUACCAUUACUCACAACUCACCAGAGACCUUAAAAACCACCCCCAGUUGCUCUUCUCCACUAAUGGGUACACAUUAUAACAAAACUUUUAAAACACCAUCUGACGCUCUUUGCGAGGACUUUGCAGACCACUUCGGAACCAAGAUCAGGGAGGUCAGAUCUAAAAUUAAAAGCUCACAGUGUUGGUUCUGCUAAUCUAAGUGCAUGAUACAUGAUAGAGUAGACCAGUUCUUCUCCCCAGUGGUGAGCGCGUUGCGAUAAUAGGGGGGCGCCAUGUGAUAUCGAGAAAGAUGCUUUUUUUGCCGUACCAGAAUAUAAUGAAGCGUAUGUAGCACUUGGCUUCACUGUAACCACGGUGGGAGACGAUGAAAGACCGAUGUGUUGUUUCCUUCAAUAUUAUUCAGAGGUAUAGUUAUAACAAUUUUAUAGACAAUUUAUACAAUAUUUAUAUUCACUGUGAAGAGUGGGGGGGAUGCGAAAUAUUUUCUUUUUCCUUUGGAGGGGCGCAACAGAAAAUAUUUGAGAAACACUGCCAAUGUAUUAAAUUGACUUAGACACGUGGUCGACAUCUCUGGUACUGUAAUAACUGUUUAAAAAAAAAUUAAAAUAAAUAUUACAGCCACCUACCUUUUCCCUUCUAUUAGUUCACUGUGCGGCAUUAUGUCUUUCUGUUGUGUGGUCAUGUGACCAAACAGGACCAAUCACCACCUUAUAUAACCUGUACGAGUCUACCGUACGAGCAGGGCAUGAGCGUGCAAAAGUUGCUGAAAAGGAAGAAGGCAAUAAGCCUAAACUCAGCCACGUAGUUUAGGGGGCCAAAAGUAAUCAAUUUUCAAAUUAAUCAUGAUCACGACAAUUCUUA